AUGACUUUGAAACAUCUAUUCCAUUUUCAGGUAGAUGAAGCAGAAGAAAACCCAUCAUGGAAGGCAAUUGGAUAUUGUGGACCUGAUCCAGAGCUUAAAGCACAGUUGAAGAACCACUUCUUACGUAGAACAUUGAAGGAAGAAGAACAUGAAAAAAAGGACAAGGAUGAUGAUGAUGAUGAUGAAGAAGAAGAGUUCAGAGGCCCUCUUCACAAAGGCCUUGUCCAUUUAAACUAUCCAAUGGACAUCAUUAAAAAUUCUCUAAGAAGAUUUGGAUUCUCAGUCUCUACCACGUCUAAAAGGAAUAAGGCUUCUAACAUGUCAUCACCUUCUUUAGUUAUCCAAUGUGAUGCAGUGGUUGUCGGUUCUGGCUCUGGUGGUGGGGUAGUAGCCGGAGUUCUAGCAAAUGCUGGUUAUAAAGUGCUGGUCUUGGAGAAAGGAAGCUAUUGUGCUAGGAACAAUCUUUCCCUUCUCGAAGGACCAAGCAUGGAUAAAAUGUACCUCUCCAAUGGUUUGGUUGCAACAAAGGAUAUGUCUGUCCUAAUACUAGCAGGAUCCACAGUUGGUGGUGGCUCUGCAGUGAACUGGUCAGCCAGCAUUAGAACUUCUGAACAUGUAUGCAAGGAGUGGUGUGAUCGCCAUGAGCUAGAACUGUUUGAAAGUAAGUUGUACAAAGAAGCCAUGGAUGCUGUGUGUGACAAAAUGGGAGUCCAAUCUGAGAUCCAAGAGGAAGGGUUCAACAACGAAGUCCUAAGAAGAGGGUGUCUAGAAAUGGGAUAUCAGGUGUGCAAUAUUCCAAGGAAUGCUUCAUCCGAUCACUACUGUGGUUGGUGCUGCAUGGGGUGUAAGAACGGAAAGAAGAAAAGUACAUCAGAAACAUGGCUAGUGGAUUUGGUGAAAUCAGGUAAUGGAGCAAUCAUUCCAAGUUGUGAGGCCAUACAAGUCUUGCAUAAGAGAAAGAAAGGAAGUGAGAGAAAAACGGCUUGUGGAGUGGCUUUUGCAAUUGAAUACAAGGGUAAAAAGGACAUUUGUGUGGUGGAGUCCAAGGUCACAAUCGUAGCCUGUGGAGCACUCAGUACUCCAGCAUUACUUAAGAAAAGUGGAUUGAAGAAUGAAAACAUAGGAAAAAACUUGCACCUUCAUCCAGUUGCAAUGGCUUGGGGCCACUUCCCUGAUUCAUCUUCACCUAAUGUGUGGCCAGAGAAACAUAAAAAGAGCUAUGAAGGAGGGAUUAUGACAGCAAUGUCCACAGUUGUUGCGCAGUUUGACAAAACUGGAUAUGGUGCAGUGAUCCAAACGCCUGCAUUGCAUCCUGGUAUGUUCUCCAUUCUAAUGCCGUGGACUUCUGGCAAAGAUAUG